AUGGAGAGCAGUUCCUCACUUGUGGUGCUUCUCCUGCUGCUGUACUCCAUCAACAGCAGCUGUCUGUUUUCAGUGUUGAUGAGAAAAGAUGAAGCACACGAGGUGCUGAAAGUCCACAAACGUGCCAACUAUUUUCUAGAAGAGAUUCGUCCGGGGAACUUGGAGAGAGAAUGCAAUGAGGAAAAGUGUUCAUUUGAGGAGGCUAAAGAGAUCUUCCAUGCACAAGAGAAAACGAUGGAGUUUUGGUUCAGUUACAAAGGUUUAAAUCCGUGUAGCACCAAUCCCUGUGUGAAUGGUGGAGUCUGCAAAAUUAGACAUUAUAGUUACUUUUGCAUCUGCCCCCCAAGAUUUGGAGGAGCCAAGUGUGAAAAAGAGAAGUCUGAAUGCUGGUACCAGAAUGGGGGGUGCUGGCAGUACUGCAGGGACAGCAGCAGCGCCUUCCACGUGGUCUGCUCCUGCGCCCAGGACUACAGCCUGCAUGAGGACAGGAGGAGAUGUGUGCAAGCAGCACCAUUCCCAUGUGGCCUGAUUAAAGCCAGGCAAGCUCUGGAGGAAGGACGGCUGGGGCUGAAGCAGCUCCUGAGGGGACUGCCCCAGCCUGGGGAUGAUGUGACCAAGUGGAAUGAGAGCACCAUCAGGCAAACAGAGACAGAACAAAGUGCUGUUGGGGAAAAGGAGACCUUAAAGUAUGCCUCUGGGCAGAGCACACAAAUGGAAGGUCAUGCUGAAGAGGAUGAGGUGGCAGGAGGUGCUUCCAGCUGGAACGAGCCACUGGUGGAUUCUGUGACCCAGCAGUUGUUGAGGGAUGAUGCUGCUGAGCCAGAGGCGCAUGUCCCUGAGCACAGUGAAGGAGUAGAAGGGACCGCUGUGUCUGGCCAGCCUGCUUGGUGGAGUGAGCCAACCCAGAGCCCUGCAUGGCAGAACAAGACUACAGCACCUGCUCCCAGGCAGAGGGACAUGGUGGGAAAUGCUGCUGAGCAAAACCGAACAGGGGAGAGCACUGUGCAGAACACAACAAGGAGUAGUCAGGCUGUGGACAAUCAGACCAGUGACCAGGGAAACAUCUCAGACAUGGCACAGCUUGUCCAGGUAGGCGUCAGCACUCCUCUAGAGAAUGACGACUCCAGGAUAACAGGAGGAACUCUGUGUCAUCGUGGACACUGCCCCUGGCAGGUUUUGAUCCGGAAUAGCAAAGAUGUUGGUUUCUGUGGAGGGAGUUUGAUCAGCAGUCGCUGGGUGGUGACUGCUGCGCACUGCCUGGAUCUUGUCAGACCACACCACGUCACUGUAGGAGACUUUGACAAAUAUCAAAGAGAAUUCAAAGAACAGAAGAUCAACGUGGAACGAAGCUGGACACAUCCACACUACGACUCCAAUGACUACAACAGCGACAUCGCCUUGCUGUACUUGAGCAGCAACGUGGUUUUUAACGAGUACGCGAUCCCCAUCUGCCUGCCGAGCCCUAACCUGGCCACCCUGCUCUCCGAGGAAGGCAGAAUAGGGACGGUGAGUGGAUGGGGCGCCACUCACGACAGGGGCUCGACUCUGCGCUUCCUCAUGAAAGUGCGGCUGCCCAUCGUCAGCCUGGAGACCUGCCAGCGGUCCACAGAGCGCCUGCUCACCGACAACAUGUUCUGUGCAGGCUACUACACCGAGGUCGCAGAUGCCUGCAAAGGGGACAGCGGGGGUCCUUUCACAGUGUCUUACCACAACACGUGGUUUCUCCUGGGGAUUGUCAGCUGGGGUGAGGGCUGUGCUGAAAAAGGGAAGUAUGGUGUGUACACCAGAGUGGCCAACUACAUCCCCUGGAUUAAAGAGAUUGUUGAAAGUGUAGCAGAUUCAGAAAACUUCACCAUUAACUUUUCUUAA